GAUCUUGCUGCAGUCUAUCUUUCUCUUCCUUCUCUUGCAGAUCUCUUCAUCGGCCGGUGUUGGACCUGCAGGCUGCCAGCAGGAGGGGUGCAGGGAGGGGUGAUAGAUAAAUAAAUAACCCAAUAAAGGAUGCAUUGAGAUGAUGUGUGUGUAGCCAAGAGAAGAGGGUGCCUGCUCAAACAGUCCCAAGUCUUGUUGAAGGUCGGCUGCACUGCAGAGCAGGGGGAAAAGCACAGAGGAGGGACCUUGAAGGAUUUUGGGCUGCACUGCAGAACGAUGCCACUGCAGUACAGCACUGACUCAGAGGCAUGAGGUCCACCGGUGGACCCCCAGCCUCCUCGCACCAGGUGAGAACUUAAUUCACAGCUGAUUUCAGAGGCCUUCAUGCCUUGGAAGAGAGGCAGCGAGAGACACACAAAGAAGGGGAGGGAAGUAGAGGAGGAGGAGGAGGGUAAUGGUGCUGUAUUUUUGGAAAAAGGGAUCUCCUGAAUUAAGUGUGGCUGGAAUAAAGAUGUAGUGUGAGCAGGAGGCUGAACAAGGACGGUGCUGUGCUCCACUGUGGUGGAGAGGAGCGGAGCAGACGCCUGGCAGACACACACUCACACACACACCGGCUAAGAGAGACUGAGAGAGAAAGAGAGAGCCCACCGUCACAGCUGUGGGGCUGGGAAGCCAUUCAUCUCACUUCCUCUCACCUGCUGCCCUCCCUCUUCAGUCCUGGUGAUUCCCAGCCCCCUUCAUUCCUCUCCAGCCUCCUCCCUUUGUCAGUGUCCUGUCCUGCAUCCAAAGUCCUCAUUCUAUCUGGACCACACCUGAGAAUACAAACUAUCUCAGGGCAAGAGGCUUCGGCUGAUCACCCCCAUUCCAACCUGCAGUGCAACUGUGAUUCAUACAGCACUUCUGGAUCCUGCUUCAGUCAGGGAUGAGAAUACAUGAUUACCCAUGAUCAUCCCCAGCAUUACUCACAAGAGAAACAGACCUGAGAACAACAUCCUGCAGAAUUAAAUAGAUUUAUUAAAGGCAUAACUAAGGAUGUGAGAUAAUUGAGCUCACAUGGACUGAUCUCCACCUGUGAAUAUUUCAUCAUGACAACAAUGCCCUCUCGCUUUGGCACUGCGGUGCGGAUCUUCAUCACUACCCUAUUCGCGGCAGUGGUGCUUUUUGCCAUCCUACUGGCUUAUGUGACAGGUUACCAGUUCAUCCACACUGAGCAGCACCACCUGUCUUUUGGCUUGUACGGCGCCUUUCUUUCCCUCCACCUUCUCCUGCAAAGCCUCUUCGCCUACCUGGAGCACCGGCAAAUGCGUGGCCCCUCCAGACCCCAGCACCUGCGGCGCACAGUGGCCCUCUGCAUCGCAGCCUAUCAGGAGGAUCCGGACUACCUUCGCAAGUGUCUUCGAAGCAUUCGCCGCAUUUCUUUUCCUGGGCUUAAAGUAGUGCUGGUGGUGGAUGGGAAUCGGCAGGAGGAUGGCUACAUGAUGGAAAUUUUCCAGGAGGUGAUGGGGGGAGUGGAGCAGACAGGCUGUGUGGUGUGGAAGGGGAAUUACCAUUGCGACGGGGAUGGGGGAGGAGGAAAAGGCUUGUUGCAUGCCGAGGAAGCUGCCCGGGUGGCCAGGGUGGUGCAAAGCUUCCGUUAUUCCUGCAUUAUGCAAGAGUGGGGUGGCAAGAGAGAGGUCAUGUAUACAGCCUUCAAAGCACUGGGAGAUACUGUGGAUUACAUACAGGUAUGUGAUUCAGACACUGUACUUGAUCCAGCAUGUACCAUUGAGAUGCUUAAGGUUCUAGAGGAAGAUCCAGAAGUGGGUGGAGUCGGAGGAGAUGUUCAGAUUCUGAACAAGUAUGACUCCUGGAUCUCUUUCCUGAGCAGUGUCCGUUACUGGAUGGCUUUCAACGUUGAGCGGGCCUGUCAGUCUUACUUCGGAUGUGUGCAGUGCAUCAGUGGACCUCUGGGAAUGUACCGCAACUCGCUCCUCCAACAGUUCCUGGAGCCCUGGUACCACCAGACCUUCCUAGGAAGCAAGUGCAGCUUCGGAGAUGAUAGACACCUCACCAACCGCGUCCUCAGCUUCGGCUACAAAACCAAGUUCACGGCACGCUCACAAUGCCAAACCGAGACCCCCACACAAUAUCUGCGCUGGCUUAACCAGCAGACCCGCUGGAGCAAGUCUUACUUUCGAGAGUGGCUCUACAACGCCCUUUGGUUCCACAAGCACAGCCUCUGGAUGACCUAUGAAUCUGUAGUCACCGGGUUCUUCCCCUUUUUUCUGGUGGCUACAGUCAUCCACCUGUUCUACCGAGGCCGGUUGUGGAACAUCUUACUCUUUUUGCUAACAGUCCAGCUGGUGGGCAUGGUGAAAGCCACCUAUGCCUGCUUCCUGCGGGGUAGGCUUGUCAUGAUCUUCAUGUCACUGUAUUCACUACUCUACAUGUCAAGCCUGCUGCCUGCUAAGAUCUUUGCCCUGUUCACUAUUAACAAAGCAGGUUGGGGAACAUCAGGCAGGAAAAAGAUAGUGGUAAACCUUAUUGGGGCUGUACCUGUGACCGUGUGGGCAGCCAUUCUGCUCGGUGGCAUGGUUUACACCAUUUACUGUGAGGUCCAAGAGCCUUUCAGUGAGAGAGAAAAGGCUCUUCUAAUUGCAGGUACCAUCCUCUAUGCCUGUUACUGGCUCAUACUCCUGGUGCUCUACCUGGCCAUAGUGGCCAAGCGCUGUAACAAAAGAGAGGAACAGUAUCAUCUAUCCUAUGCCGAAGCCUAGCAUGGUCUUUCCAAAAAGAUCUCUACAUGCGGUCAGGGCUCAUUUGAAAUGGCCACGUCCUUACCUGGUGCUGCAAUCCUGAUUAUAAUUAUGGAUCAUGUGUAAGUCCAAGAAUGUUGGUUGUUAGAUGGUUAUUUUUUUUUUUAUAGCUAUGUUAGCUAAGUUGUUAGCUAUGGCUGCUUGGGAAGUUUCAAACCGUGGGGUUUUUAUGAGAGCCAUAAUUUACAUAAAAUGAAAUCAGGAAUGGUGCUUCUCGUGAUUAUAAAGCACACAAUAAGGGGGUGGCCAGCCAAGGUGGGAACAAAAAGUUGAGCCAAAGGUUAAUGGUUUAUUUUGGUGCUUGGACUUAUUACUCUAUAGAAUGAAUUGUUGACGAUAAAGAGGUGUGCGCCAAAACUUGAGGAAACCUACGUAAGAUCGCCAAAAAGUAUUUUAAUGUCCUUUAUCUGACAAUCCAGCAUAAUUCUGUAUUUCAUCACUGUGGUGCUGCCCAUCAUUUUAUGGGGUAACAUGACAGAACAGACAGUAUUUAAAUGAGAAUUUUAUGGUUCUUCACAAAGAUUAACUACAAUGUACAUUUACAGUUCAAGAAUAUCAAGCACCAUCCAGUUCCAGUAAAAAGGAUAGUGUCAGGCAACCAAAGAGGAUUUUCUAGAGCAUCUAGAAUGUUUUGUUCCAGCGUGUUUAGUUUAAAAAAAAAAAAAAAAAAAAGGUUAGAAAGGUUGAUCUCCUAUUUUUACCU